AUGGCCUUUGGGAUUCCGAUGGCUCUGGUGGACUUCCUCUGGACGUCCUCCACGCCGAGCAUGUGGGUGACUUCAUGGAUGACCUUAACGAGCUCCUCUACUAUGCAGUCCUUGGUGGACGUGUCCUCUUUUCCGACGCCGACCUGGACCUCUACGACGAUGGCCUUUGUGAUUCCGAUGGCUCUGAUGGACUUCCUCUGGAUGUCCUCCACGCCGAGCAUGUGGGUGACUUCAUGGAUGACCUUAACGGAAGGCUUCCCAGCUGUCUCUCUGGUGGGGGUGAGUUCCUUAUUGACCUCCACGACCUCCACUUCCACGACUCCCUGUCUGUCCUCGAUGUCUUUGUUGACUUGCUCCUCCGGUCAAUGCCUUGCAGCUCUUCCUCCUCACGUCAUGCAGAUGGCCGACGUGAACUCCGUGACAGGGUUGACUUCCUCAACCUCUUCUACGACGACAUGGUGUUUGGACUGGUGGGGUGAUGGCUGGUCGUCUACCACGUCGACUACACAUGUGGAAGUGCCGGACAUGGCUGCUGAACUACCCUUGAGCGCGCUCGUGGUGGAACCAGAUAACAGCAGUCUACUCGUACAGUUGCAGACCGGUGCCCACGAGCAGGUGAACAUUGCUCCUGAAGAAGUGGUGGUCCUUCAUUCUCUGCAUCACCUUGGGGAGAGUUCUGUAAGGCACCUACUACUUGACAUUGUGACGUCCACGGUUCGAGAAAUUCGCAGCAAGAUGUCGCUUGCUUAUGCGCCUGGUCUCCGGGGUGCCGUGUACCACCACCUUCGCCUUAUACAGCUCAUCGUCGAUGCUUUGGCUUCGUAUCGGGAGAGUUUGCUGCGCCAAAUUCCUAUUGGAGAGGGAGAACCGAGGACGGCACCUCCUCGCAACUCGGGCGAGUUCAGGUCGUUACAUGCUUGGGCGGAUGAAGAAUGUGGACGUGAUAGUGGCAUCCGUGGUGGGCACGCAUAG